CUGUAAUCCUGACUGCUGCUAACUUCCCCCUCUGACCAAGAUGGCGUCUCUCAGAAAGGAGUGUUAGCAGAGGGUCUCUGUUGUGUUAGAAAAAGGUAAAAUGUGUAAAGUCCAGAUGCUGAGAGCGUUGGUGGAGCAGCGACUAACUGCGGCUGCUGAAGAGAUAUUUGGGCUGUUUGAAAGAACGAUAGCAGAGUACGAGGAGGAACUUUGUCGUUCAAAAGAGGAGAACGAGCGACAACGGGAACUACUGGACGCUGUUUUCAACCCUCAGCUCCGGGUCCACAGAGCAGAUGUUGAGCAGCUGUUGGUGGUUAAAGAAGAGGUUCCCCCUGAGCAGCAGGAGUAUAGCUCCAGUGUGGACCAGGAGGAGACAGAGUCCCCCCCACACAUUAAAGAGGAACAGGAGGAUCUGUGGAGCAGUCAGGAGGGAGAGCUUCAAGGGCUGGAGGAGGCUGAUAUCACUAAGUUCCCAUUCACUCCUGUCCCUGUGAAGAGUGAAGAUGAUGAAGAGGAAGCUAAGUCCUCACAGCUUCAUCAAAGACAAACUCAACACAUGGAAACAGAAGCUGAUGUAGAGGACUGUGGAGGACCAGAACCAGCCAGGAACUCCCAUCCACUUUUACAACCAGAGGCUGAAGACCAGACUGGAGACUCUGCUGAACCUAAGGCUGAUGACAGUGCGGACUGGAAGGAGACCAGAGAACAUCAGUCAGCUUUAAACUCUCUGAAACAUGAUUCAAGAUGUAAGAAAACAUUCAGCUGCUCUGAGUGUGGGAAGAGAUAUAGCUUCAAAUCACAAUUGGAGAUACACAUGAGAAAUCAUACUGGAGAGAAACCUUUCAGCUGCUCAGUCUGUAAGAAAUCUUUUACACGGAGAGAAAGUUUACAGACACACAUGAGAAUCCACACAGGAGAAAAGAUUUUCAGCUGUUUACAGUGUGGGAACCGAUUUAGCAGCAAGCCACACCUGAAGAAACAUGUGAUGACUCACACAGGAGAAAAAUCUUUCAGCUGCUCAGUCUGUGAGAAAUCAUUUAGACACAGAGGAAGUUUACUCCAGAUCGGAUCAGAGGAGAGCGAUUAG